GGGGGGGCAGUGAGGGAAGGCAAAGUGAAUUAAUAAGAAAAAGAGGAAGGAGGUCUGAUGAUGUUCUUUAUUUGUGAAAGAGUUGAUCGGAUCACGAUGUUGAGAAGUCUCUUUUUCCUCCUGCUUUCUCACUCUUCCUAUGCCAUUCUUUCGGGAUGGGUGGAGUCUCCGGGAUAUCCCAGGGGUUAUCCUCCUCACUCUAAUCUUAGCUGGAACAGGUGUGCCCCUAAAGGUCACAUCAUCUCACUUAAACUCAUUCACCUGGACCUGGAGGACAGCCAAAACUGUGAAAAUGAUGUCCUGAAGAUUUUCUCAAAUGGAAGCCUUAUUUCUAUUCUGUGCGGGAAAACAGAUUAUGAGGCGCUUCAGUCCUCUGUCAAUCCCUUGCUCCUCUCCUCCUCGGGUGGCUGUCUUUCUCUUUCCUUCCACUCUGACUACUCAAAUACAAAGAAGCACACUGGAUUCAAAGGCUUUUUCACCGUGCGAGAUUUUGAUGAGUGUGAAGAUGACCCAGACAACGGAUGCACCCAGUUCUGUCACAACGUCAUUGGGGGGUACCAUUGUUCCUGUCGCCACGGGUACCAGCUAGACACAGACAAGCACACAUGCACGGUGAGCUGUAAUGAAGACCUGUCUGGGAAGCAUAGGGGUCAGAUAUCCAGUCCCUUCUGGCCUGCCCCAUAUGCAGACAGUUCCAGGUGCUUGUACACGCUGUCUGUGGAGGACCACUUACAACUGGAGCUGCACUUCCUUCAAGAUUUUGAUGUGGAGCAAGAUUCUGAUGGCCAGUGCAUAGAUUCACUGAAGAUUGAGACUCUUUCUGGCACUCUGGGGCCGUUUUGUGGACAGACGCCUCCCAAAUCUCCCUUUCUGACGUACUCACAUCAUGUCCAAAUUCACUUCUCGUCCGACGCCUCUGGCUCUAACAAAGGUUUUGCUCUCCAUUACAAGACCAGAGACAAGGUGUGUCUAGGUGUGGUAAGCCCAAACUCAAUCGUGGCUCCUGAGAAACAAGAGUAUCGUCAUGGUGAAACAGUGACAGUAACGUGUAAUGUUGGCUAUGUGGCCUAUAACAAGGGAAUCCUUGCCAUGAUGUCAGAGUAUGAGACGACUUGUCAGAGAACAGGCUUAUGGAAUCCCAGUUACAUCUGUGAAGCUGUGGAUUGCGGUUUUCCAGAUGUGCCAGAAGAUGGCAUCCUUCAGUUAGUGGACUCAGAGGUCCAAAGCACCCUGUACCGUGACGAGAUCCAGUUUAAAUGCAGUUCCAAGUACUACACACUGGAAGGAGAUGACACAUACACGUGUAACAGCAGUGGCAAGUGGGUAUCAGUCAGGAAGAAAGAGGAAAUGCCUCGCUGCAUUGAAGUGUGUGGGAAGACUGAAGAAGAUAUUGUAAACACAGGCAGAAUUAUGGGAGGUCGCGACGCAGAACUGGGGCAGAUACCUUGGCAACUUUUAAUCAAAGUGCCGAGCAGAGGAGGAGCGUCGCUGAUCAGCGACCGGUGGGCUGUGACUGCAGCUCAUGUGGUGGACGGGGUCGAGGAUUCCUCUUUACGCCUCUAUGGCGGACUUGUCGACGGGCGACUGGCCUCCGAUGUAGUCGCCCUGCAGAGUGAAAAGAUCAUAAUUCAUCCUGGUUUUCAGACAGGUGUUCCUAACCGUCUUGACUUUGAUAAUGACAUUGCUCUGAUCAGGUUAUCUUCCAGAGUCCAGUUUGGCCCAAACCUCCUCCCCAUUUGUUUGCCGCUGGUAAACAGGGGCCUGGCGGAAAAUGAACAAGGCACAGUGUCUGGAUGGGGAGUGACAGAUACGGGACAUGUAUCUCCCACCUUAAAAUAUGCUCAUAUAACAGUCUACUCCAUCAGUGAGUGCAAGAAAACACCUCUUUCUCCAAAUAACAACCCGUUACGUUUCACUAGGAACAUGUUCUGUGCUGGAGCGCCACAGAUAGACAGCUGCAAGAAAGACAGCGGAGGUCCCGUAGUAAUGCCCAUGUUGGGGAGUGGAAACAAAAACAACAUCGGGCCUUAUUGUCUGAUUGGUAUUGUGUCGUGGGGACCUCCCUGUAGGCAGAAAAAGUACAAGGGUUAUUAUACAAGAGUGAGCAGUUAUGUCAACUGGAUUCAAAGCACAAUGGACACAGCAGGAAAAGAGACAUUUGGUUUGCUGAAGUGGAUUCAUUCGUACAGGAAUCUAUUUAAUGUAAAAAUGAAGUGGAGCUUUUGCAUCAUCUGGUUUCUGUUAGCGUCCAUGUGCGAGUGCUGGCGGCUGCCUGACCCCGAGCCUGUAAUGUAUGGUGAGGUCCAUUCCCCCCAGUACCCACAGCCGUACCCUGCCAAUGUGCUGAAGCAGUGGGACCUCACUGUACCUGACGGCUACCAGAUUCAACUCACCUUCACACAUCUGGAUAUCGAAGCUUCUGCAGACUGCUAUUACGACGCCGUUACAAUUCAGUAUAACAAAAAAGUUCUUGGAAAGUUUUGUGGCCAGGAAAAUUCUGCUGAUGGACAUCACCCUGGCAACCAGCCUAUCUUGUCUCCAGGGAACAAACUCACCCUCAUAUUCCAAAGUGACGACACCAACCCAGAGCUGCACCAAAAUAUCGGAUUCUCCGCUCAGUACCAGGCGAAAGACAUAGAUGAGUGCGCUUGGUCAGAACCUGAAGAUGCAUCACGACCACACUGCUCUCAGAUCUGCUUUAACAUGCUUGGUUCAUAUGUUUGCUCCUGUCACCAUGGUUAUGAACUUCUUGCAGACCAACACACCUGUGCAUUGUCCUGUAUUGAUGGUACAUUUGAUGAGCCUGAAGGGCACCUGUCCAGUCCAGGCUACCCUAACCCCCCGUCUCAAGCUGUGUCCUGCCAGUAUGUGAUUUCUGUUCAGCCUGGCUUCAUCAUCUCUCUCAAUUUCACUGACAACUUCCACAUUGAGAGCGUGGACACUGAGCUCGGUCCAAACUGUCUCUAUCACUGGCUGGAGCUCACCAUCUCAGACAGAGAACCUGUUAAACUGUGCGGGUCAACGAGUCCGGGUCUAAUUGUCACAAACUCCAGCACUGUCACGCUGAAGUACCACAAUGAUGAAGGAGGCUUGAGUCAUGGCUGGAGCCUAGACUACACCACACACAGGGUGAAGUGUCCGUCUCCUGGUGAUGUGGACAGAGGCAGGGUGACUCCUCUCCUCUCUGAAUUCUACUAUAGAGAUUAUAUCUUUGUGCGCUGUGACCAAGGAUACAAGCUGAUGAUGAAUGGAGAGGAAAUGAGCAGUUUUUCUGCCAUGUGCCAAAGCAACGGACAAUGGCACCUCCCUCUCCCAGAAUGCCACAUAAUUGAUUGCGGAGAACCGCAGCCGUUGCUAAAUGGCGGCGUGACUUUCAUCUCUGGUGUUGAAAAUCAGUACCAGUCUGUCAUUCAAUAUCACUGCAAUGAACCCUUUUACCAUCUUCCUGGUGGAGUAAAUGUUAGCUAUACUUGUGAAGCAGACAGGAAGUGGAGAUAUAUCCAUGAUGCUGCCGUCAUUCCAAUAUGUGUACCAGUGUGUGGAGAGCCUACAAAUGACCUGCCAGCCUUUCAGAGGAUCCUUGGAGGCAGCUCAGCUCCUGAAGGCACCAUCCCCUGGCAGGUGCUACUGAACGCAUUCAAUCGGGGAGGCGGCAUGGUGAUUGCAGACAGAUGGAUUUUGACUGCAGCUCAUGUUUUACAACAGAAAGGAGAACGUUCACCCAUAGAAACAAUAAAGGUUUACGUGGGACUUACAGAUGUUGCGGUCCUGAGGGUUCCACCUCUACCUGUCGCCUCAAUCCACAUUCACCCCAACUACCACAACCCCAACGACUUAGAUUACAACAACGACAUUGCCUUGAUCAAACUGCAACACCCUCUUACGUUCAACUCAACUGUAAUGCCAGUAUGUCUACCUGCAGCAGGUGCCUCAUAUGUGACAGGCUUGAUGGGGCUGGUGUCAGGCUUUGGUGUUACAAACGAAGAUGGACAACAGAUGCUUUCAAAUAAGAUGAAGUAUGUCCGUGUACCUGUGGUGGACCAGCAGAUAUGCAGUGAUUCAGUCAGUGCAGUGAAACAGCGAAGUCCGAACAUACCAGGACUGACAGGGAACAUGUUUUGCGCUGGAAUGGCUGAUGGUAAAAAGGAUUCCUGCCAAGGUGACAGUGGGAGCCCAUUUGCCAUCUCGGAAAAUGGCAGGUACUGGGCUGCGGGGAUCGUCAGCUGGGGCAUAGGGUGCGCACAGAGCGGCAGAUAUGGUGUUUAUACCAGAGUUGUCAACUAUCUGAACUGGAUCGACAAAACCAUGAAUGAAAAUUAAAUCUAAAAUACUUCAG